UUCCUGUAAGCUUGAGGUGUCUAGCUAAACAAACAUGGCUGUGCUACGCUAUCAGACGUCGGACUUUUACGAUACGUAGGCAAAUGGAAAUAAGGAAUAUGCGACGAUAAAAUAAGAAAAAUGCCGCGCGUGGUAUGACGCCGAGGUUGGAGCGUGGCUGUGACAUUUAGCCAGUUAGCGCAGUGUAGCCUUUUGUGACCGUGUUUACACAUAGCUAACUCUCCAGUUGGCUAAACCAGGCUAGCAAGAUGGACCUUGGAACAAUGUUGUACAACAACUUAAAAGAUGUUACAUGGAGUACGACGUCCUUACCACUAGAUCAACUUGUCAGUACCUAUAAGUUGCCUCAAAUUGUCAAGCUGGAUAACGGUCAGUCGGUCGAAGGGCUCAGAGACAAUGACUACCUCUUGAUUCAUUCCUGUCGUCAGUGGACGACUAUAACUGCUCACAGUCUGGAGGAGGGACACUAUGUCAUUGGACCCAAAAUAGAGAUCCCAGUUCACUAUGAAGGUCAGUUUAAGCUGCUGGAGCAGGACAGGGACGUCAAGGAGCCUGUACAGUACUUCAACAGCGUGGAGGAGGUGGCCAAAGCGUUCCCCGAAAGGGUGUAUGUCAUGGAAGAAAUUGUUUUCAAUGUUAAGAUGGCUUCUGGGGAAUGCAACGAAGACACAGAAGUUUACAACAUUACACUAAGCACCGGCGACGAACUGACAUUGAUGGGCCAGGCUGAGAUCCUCUACGCCAAAAGCUUCAAAGAAAAAUCGAGGUUCAACACUAUUUUUAAGAAAAUCGGGAAGCUGAACUCCAUAAGUAAGAUCGGACGAGGCAAGAUGCCGUGCUUGAUUUGCAUGAACCAUCGCACCAACGAAAGCAUCAGCCUUCCCUUCCAGUGCAAAGGCAGGUUUAGCACCUGCAGUCCGCUGGAGCUCCAAAUGCAGGAUGGCGAACACAACAUCAGGAACAUUGUGGAGAAAACCCGUCUCCCUGUAAAUGUCACAGUACCCAGCAGUCCGCCCCGAAACCAGCAUGACCUCCAUCUCAUUCGGGAGGGUCACCGCUACAAAUUGGUUAACAUUCAGACAAAGACAGUGGUUGUGUGCUGCAUUCUGCGAAGUAAUAAAAUUAUCCCCAUCCAUUUUCCAUUUCAUAUGGCCAUGCCGAGAUUUAUUGUCCCAGAGGAGCUGCUGCAGGGCGAGUUGUGGCUAGAAACCAUGGUACACCGCUGGUUCUCCUUCUGCCAGGAGCAGUUUGAUAUAGAUGACUAUUCUCGUGCCGUCCGGGAUGUGCGGACUGACUGGAGCGAUGAUGGCAAAAGCCCCAAGAAAAGCGGUGGGAAUGUUAGCUCCAGUGGAAGCAAUGGAGGCAGCAGCAGCAGCUCCAACGGGUCUCAAAACCACAUGCACAUUCCCAGCUCUUUAACUUACGCACGAGAUGAACUCACUCAGUCCUUCCACCGAUUAUCUGUGUGUGUGUAUGGCAGCAACCUGCACGGUAACAGUGAAGUCAACUUGCAGGGCUGCAUGACGCUGUGUGGAGAUUGGGGUCUUCUGCCAUCUGAAAGCAAUGCUUCAGAAUCUGGAGAAAGUGAACACUAUUUCCCCGAACUGAUGGAUUGUACAAACCAACCACCGACCCUCAACAAGCUGGACAUUCCUUAUGAGGAGCUGUGGUUGGAUCACUUGAAAAAUCAGAUUCCGAAGUCUUCUGCGAGUGAAGGAACCCGAGGUGUCAACAAUGGCUGUGCCACAACAGCCGCACUGUCGUUCCCAGUCACUUGUCCUUUGACGGCCAUUACCAGUUCAGAUGUGCCUCUUACACCACCACCGGUCCCACCCAAAUCUGAAGCUGUGAAGGAAGAAUGCCGUCUUUUGAACGCCCCACCGAUCCCUCCAAGAAGUCAGAAACAGAUGCCGUCAGUGCCCAUCCUGUCAAAGCCACGGCAGCAAGACACUCGGUCUCCAAGCCCAACCCUCUCCUAUUAUUCCUCUGGUCUCCACAACAUUAGUGGAGCAUGUGAGCAAGAGGGAGCUGACCCGCAAGAACAAAGCAAUGUUUGCUACCCUUGUAGCUGGGGUAAAUCCAACAGCACUGAACCAAAUGCCACUUCUCCCUGCGGUAGCCUACCAUCGGAUGGGGUGUCGUCCCGGUUGUCUUGGCCAAAUAACUUUAGUGGAGGAGAAUCACGCUGCAUGGAGGAAUUUCUACCAGCAAGUUGUCGAAGUUACUACAGUUACCCCAGAAAGAGAUCCCCGAGCAGCGCAAAGACCUGCACAUCCACCCUGGUUGACUUUGACGGCAGAGAGCAUGCACACAGCAGUAAGGACUUCAGCAUGCAGAAAGCUUCUCUGAACCAGUUCUGUACCAAGUCCUCAAGUUACAAUUCAGAAAUGUACAGAGACAAGCCGAUAGAAGAAUCUAACACUAAGCAGAGCCUCUCCUGCCCCAUCUUACCCCCGAGAACGCCAAAACCAAAUGCAGUGAAAAAGGGCACAGAGUCACUGUCAGAUUCAGUGUGUGACAAUAAACAGGAGCCUUUGAAUUCCUCAUUCACUCAACCUGAGCAGCAAGAGCAGGGCACAACGGAUAUAUACUCUAUCUCUAUCUCCAACUCAUUAACUCUUAACUGUCCACCCUCUCCUCCCACUGCACAGUGGCAGCCGCCGUCCAGCUUAGCCGGCCUUUCUAUUGAAGAGGUCUCCAAAUCUCUGAAGUUUAUCGGCCUGCCUGAUGACAUUGUUUCUCUUUUUGUGUCUGAGAAGAUUGACGGGAAUCUGCUCCUUCAGCUCACCGAGGAGAUUUUGUCCGAGGACUUCAAGCUAAGCAAGCUGCAGGUGAAGAAACUCAUGCAGUUCAUAAAUGGAUGGAGACCCAAGAUAUAGAGCGUAUACGACACUAAAUCCAGUUGUAAAGCAGAGAUAGACAUGCCUUCAGUAUAUAUGCUAUGCACACCAAGCCACAACGAGUUUCCUUUUGUAUGGUAUGAACUUAUUUCCUUGUUACGACAUUGUGGGUAGGGUGUUGUUGGAUAAUACUUCCCAGCUCGCCUAUAGUCUGUGACUGCUACUUGCUAAUUGAAUGGAACUGUUUGGCACUUUCAUGAAGACGUUUUCAUGUCAACUACUUAGUACUUUUUCAUACAUGUUCAUGCCAUCACUUCAAUCCUAAAUUAAAGGUCCAGUGUGUUAGUUGUAGUGAGAUAUAUUUGGAGAACUUACUAUUGAAUCAUAUUUUCGUAAGUUUAUAAUCAACUGAAACUGAAACCUGGACAGACAAACACAACACAAACACUAGCUCUACCUUUCAUUUAGUGUAUAGUGAACUCUGUAGUUUCUUAUGCUUUCGGAAAGAGUAGGAAAAUAUUUAAAGAGUAUUGGUUGUAAUCUGCAGUCUUGCCACUAGGUGACACUAAAUCCUACACACUGGACCUUUAAGCCAAAUCCUGUAAAGGAAAUCAUCAUUGACGCUAAGGGUAUGAGACAUACCAAAGACAUUAAAAUUAGAUCUGCUUUUCUGUUCUUAAAGGUGGAUCCAAACAAAUGUUGCAAAGACGGCACAGACUAGAAAAUAUUUGGCUUUAGUAUAUGCUGCUUAAUUCACCCCCGAAGCUAUGUAUUAUCUGUAUUUGGUAUGAAAAAUAAUGGUAUUUUAAAUCAUAAUUAUAUAAACAAUUAUAAUGACUAACUCAUAGCCAGAUCAUUCAGCUACUGAUAGACAUGGCUGAGAUCAGGGCUGCAAUAGAUAAUAUUUCUAAACAUUAAAAAAAUUAAAUUGACCGCUCUGAAAAAGGUAUAAAGCUAUUCUUAGUUUCUUUUUAAAAGCAACCAAUCUGAGCUCUCCAGAAGCUCUAUGCCUGGUCUGCACCAGUAAAGUUUAUUUUUAAAUGGACAGAGGAGCGGUGGCAUUAGUGAAUAUAAUUAGAUUUUCAAGGCCCUUAAUGGGUAAAAAUAAAAUACAUCAAUCUGAUAGCGAGUGAAAGAGCUGGUUUACUUUCCAGUUUCAGAAGUUGAAUUGUCACAUGCAUUUAAACCAGCUGGACUUGGAAAUUGCAUUCUUUGAAUUAUGUUCUACUUGGAACUAUGCUAACAACAGCGAACCAAAUCAAAUGUUAUCAUGAGCUCUCAAGUGCAACAGGAUGCAAAAAGAACACUUAUGCAAGAUUCUAUUUCUGCCUUUUUAACCAUAAGUAGAAAUUCUACUUGACGUCAAUCAAUUUAAAAUGUAACACGAGGCUGUUUGAAGCUCAAAUUAUGCCCCGACUUUAACAUGGAAAUAACCAAUAGAGCAAAAUGGACCAUGAAGUUCUAAAUAAAACACAAAUUAUGCAUCAUGCACUUUGGUAGAUUUCAGUUUAAAUAUUUGCAAUUAAGGUCAUUAAAAUAGUUAAAAUAGUGUGUGUGUGUGUGUAGACAGAGUGAAUGCACUACAUGUUUAUUCUGAUGGUACUUAUCCUUUUGCUUGAUUUGUAAGUGUCUUCUAACGCGCCUUAACCCAGAGACCUUAAAAUGUUAAAUAUGUCACCUUGGCUUAAAUGUUUUCAUUUUGUCUGUGUCUUAUCAUGAGAAUGUACUCAACACAAACUGAGGGAAAGAUGAUAAGUUUGUGUCCCCCCCCCCACACCCCAGAGGCAUGAAAGCUAAGAAAAGAAUACUUGGUAACACUAGUAAUGAAUAUUUUUUCUAUACCCUGGAUUCAGAAUUGAUUUAUUUAUGCAGUAAUUGUAAUGCAAUGCAAAAUAUGCAGUAACGGUUAUUCUCAGAGGGUUUGAGAGGCUGGAAAAUGAAGGUGCCACAGCAGCAACAGUGAUUCUGCUACCCAGGUCUGCUCAGUUGGCCAGACAGCUGUCAUUUUUAUUACCCCCUUGACACUUGUUUUGUUUUUUUUUAGCGGGGUGUUACAUAUUUUACGUGGUAUUUUUUUUAUUAUUAUUAUUUUGUAUGUAAGUGCAAAUUUAAUGUAAUUUUUUUUUUUAAAGAAAAUUUGUUACUAAUGUUGAAAUUAUUUUUAUGGAAAAAAAAAAAGCUUAUGUUCAAAUUUUUAUUUUGUAAAAUGUGGAUUCUACUUGGGUUUUAAGUAAAUCCAUGCAUUAAAAAUAAUGGUUACAGGGAGAGAAAAAACAAACAAAAAAAAAUAGCAAGCCUCAGACACACUACAGAGACGGCGACCAAAAAAAAAAAAAAAAAAAAAUGUCAAUAAGAAAUAAGUGUAAUUUUCCAGAUUUGCUUCUAACUUCGUGACAGGUAUUUCUGUGUCUGAUGUUCCUUGAAACUGUUAUUAUAUGGCGGUGAUUAAUGUCUUAUGCAAUAGCCAUAGCACUCUGAAGACAGUGUGAAGGAACAACAAAGUAUAAAAAAAGGCAGUGGAGUAUUACGUGUAUUGAAACUGCCUCAGUGUUAAUUUCUGACUAUUGUGCAUGCCAAAGGAAUUCGUCCAAGUCAGUGAUGUUUCUUGAAUAAUUCUGGGAUAUGAACUGUGAACACACUACAACAAGUAGCCCUGUCCUACUAACUCUAAAAAUAAUCUACUUGUCAGCUCUGGAAUGAGACCUACAUGAAUUAUUGACAUUCUUCAAAAAAAUAAAAAAAAAACAGUAAAUGACUGUGACUCUGGGUUUGACAGCAUUACUCAAAUCUUGAGUUAUGAGCAGUCAGCUUUCUCUUGAACUCUUUUUUUUUGAUUGUAUAAUCUAAUAAAAUGGAUUAACUGGUA